UAAUUUAAUAAAAACUUGAUUUCAAGACCCCACAAAAGAGGAUAAGCCAAGAAAGAAAGAUAAUAAAUACAUCUAAAUAAAAGGAAUAGGAAAUAUUAUAAAAUGAAAAAAUAAGAUAGCAUCAUAAACAGAGAUCAAUUCCUUGAAUUGAUCUUUAGGUAGAUUGAUAUGGUAGACGACUAUGAAGCUUUGUAAGAAAUUUUAGAAAAAGUUACAAAUAAAUUGUAGAUGGUCGGGAAUUAAUAUGGCUCUAUGAGAAGAAUUCCUUCUUCUUCUAAAUAAGCAUAGAAAGAAGAUAUUAAGAGAAUGGAGCACUAUAGAAAGGCUGAGAGAGAAAAUGAAUUAAACAUGUAACGUGAAGAUUCUUUUAUAGCUGACUACGAUUUGUGGGAAGGAGAGGAAUCUUUAGAAAGACACUCAUCUUUAAGACCUUCUCCUUCAGCUGGUAGACAAGAAAAACCUACUUACCACUUUAAAUAAUUUGAUUGGGUCUACCAAGAUAAAUUUAACAAGUAUGUGCUUUAACUUCAACAGCCACCACUCAAUUUAAAUACCAAUAUGUUUGAUCAAACAAAUAAUCAAUCUUAAAAUACAAAGAUUGUGCAAGGCUCUUAAAUUCAUUUACUUAUUGAGCGUUACUUGAAUGAUCCUAAGAAAAACGAAAAGAUUCUUUUAGAAAACGAAUUUUUAACAAAUGAACAAGGGCAAUGGAUUCAAUUUCUUGUAAAUACAGUUAAGGAGUAUUGCAAAGAUUACCUUCAUCUUGAAGAGAUGAAGACAGAAAAACACAUUUCUUCGUUUUUACCUAAAAUUUGCUUGGGAAAUUCUACUUCACACAAAAGUCAUGACUGCAGUAUUACUGGCAUAUCAACUUCACAGACUAACAUAGCUAGCAAUUAAUAACAUUAGAAUUAAAAUGCAAAAAAAGUAGACGUUAUUUUCUAUAACGAGCACAAAGCUGUAAUCAUUGAUUGGAAGUUUUCUCCCUUUUCAAUUAAUGACUAAGUUUAUAUGAAUGACUCUAAUCACUUCAUUGACUAAAUAUAAGAAGUGAAGAAAUUCUUUAAUUUCUAAAAGGAAGUUACCCUACUCAUUGUACCACUUAAAAAAAUAUCAGGACUUAAUCUAUACGAGCUCACCAGUGAUGAAAUAGAGUUAUUGCAAAAGGAGCAAGUCAAUCAAGAAAUAUUUUAUUAGACUAAGUAUAAAAAAAUGCGCAAUUAAAUUUUAAGCAAGUAAUACAAUAUUAACCAAAAGUGUUUGAUUGGAGAGGGUAAAAAGCAAAAUUUAUCAAUUAAAGAAUAUUUCAUUCACAUUAUAGAGCUAAAGAAAAAAAGCUAGCUUGAAUAUUAUGGAAAUUACAAGAAUUGUUAUGGAAAAAAUUCUCCUUCAAACAAAGAUCAGUUUUGGGCUCUCCAUGUUCUUCUCAAAGAAUUUAACAAGAAGAACGAGCAGAUAAUUUAGUUAAUUUACUCUAAGUAGCCAACAAUUUAGCAAAAGAAAAUGAAAGGAAAGUCAAAUGAUGAAGUUGAUUUCUUUACUAUGAAUGAAAAUAAUUAAUUGGUGCUUACCAAACAGAAUAGUGCUACUCGUCAUAAAUAUAGAUAAAAUAAAACCGUUCUUCAAUACGUUAUAGAUCAAAUAUAAGAUAUUUUUGACGACGACGAAGAAGAUUACAGUGAUUAUGGUGAUGAUGCAUAUUAAAUCAUAAUCUAAGAAAAGGAUGACGAUCAAACUGACGAGAAUGUAGAAUUUGAAGAACCUUAAAACUAAAAUGAAAUGGAAAAUGAACAGUAAUAAGAACAUGAAAAUGCAGGAGAUUUUUGA